GCAGAGGCAUUGGAGAUAACGGGUUGAACAACACGCACGUUAGUGGUGUCGUGGGCUCCAUAGUUUUCAUGAUGAUGACCACGAUGAUGUCGCUCAGAAUAACACCGUGUCUCCCUCUGCCUAUAUAUUCGCCCACAUUGGUUGUGGCAUGCGCGCUCCGUCCGAGUCCGAGCAAGACGACACAGGUUAAGAGGGUUUAGAUAUCUACGGGAUUUCAUGUGAAGGAGGCCUUCGUGCAGAGAGACCGCCCUCUCUCUCUCUCUCUCUCUCUGGUCCUGCUCUCUGUUCGGCUCUUCACACGUAAAUGAAACACGGAACAGUCCGUUUCGGUGGCCUGCGGAACCGCGGUGGCGCACAGCGGAGAGGGGGGGAACCCGUGAGCAUACUCCAAUCGACCGAAGCCCGCACUUUUGUCGACGUUAUCUCGAUGGUUUCCACAAGACGUCGGCGGUAAGUCGCCACUGGCCACUGCCAGCCCGGCCACAGCAGCAAGAGCCUGCAGCGGAGGGCCAGGUCGUUCAGUGAAGUCACACGGGAUCGUGCGAUGCCAGCCGCGGGCGCAGCCGAGCCGGGCGCGGUGGCCGCAGCUCCGGCCCCGCCGGCCCAGCAGCUGCCCAGUGAACGCGCAGUCAGCGUGCUGUGGUCGUUCGGUAAGUGCCUGGCCGCGCUCCUGCCCGUGUACCUGGCCGGAUACUACGGCUUCAGCAUCAGCCUGGUCCUGUUCGGUCUGAUGGUCUACAUGGGAUGGAAACACAGUCGACUGGAGAAAAUGACCAGGCUCAAGUCCGCCAUGUACCUCCUGGACCACGAGAGGGAAUUCACCACCGAGAAGGCUUUCCGAGCCAAAAGGGAUUUGCCACCCUGGCCUGACCCACAUACUUGUCCACUGGUCAACUUUCCAGAUGUGGAAAAAGUGGAGUGGGUGAAUAAGAUCCUGCAGCAGGCUUGGCCCUUUGUUGGCCAGUAUCUGGAGAAGCUGCUGGUAGAAACCAUUGCUCCUGCGAUCCGUGCAUCCAGUCUUCAUCUGCAGACUCUCAGCUUCACCAAGGUCAACAUAGGAGAAAAGGCUUUGAAGGUGGCUGGUGUGAAGGCUCACACAGAACACGAUAAGAGACAAGUGAUAUUGGAUUUGGACCUGAGGUAUGCCGGUGAUGUCGAAGUCAAUGUUGAAAUCAAGAAGUACUUCUGCAAAGCCGGAGUGAAAGGAAUCCAGCUCCAUGGGAAGCUGCGUGUGAUCCUUGAGCCUCUGAUCGGAGAUGUGCCACUGGUUGGAGCCGUCACAAUGUUCUUCAUUAGCAGGCCUAAACUGGACAUCAAUUGGACUGGACUAACAAACCUGCUGGAUAUCCCUGGGCUGAAUGCCAUGUCGGACACUAUGAUAAUGGAUGCAAUAGCCUCCCACCUGGUGCUCCCAAAUCGUCUCACUGUUCCCCUGGUGGCUGACCUGCACGUUGCGCAGCUCCGCUCCCCUCUCCCAAGGGGAGUUGUGCGUAUUCAUCUGCUGGAGGCAGAAAACCUGACUGCUAAGGACACGGUCAUCAAGGGCAUAAUUGAUGGGAAAUCGGACCCAUACGCCAUUUUGCGCGUAGGAACCCAGAUCUUCACCUCUCAUCACGUAGACAGCAACCUGAACCCACAGUGGAGGGAGAUGUACGAGGUGAUUGUCCAUGAAGUACCUGGUCAGGAGUUGGAAGUGGAAGUUUUUGACAAAGACCCAGACCAGGAUGACUUCCUGGGGAGGGUGAAAGUGGAACUUGAUAUCGUGAAGAAGGCCAGAGUUGUGGAUGAUUGGUUCAAUCUGAAGGACGUCCCAUCGGGCAGCGUUCACCUCAGGCUGGAGUGGCUCUCUCUGCUGACCUCUGCUGAUAGACUGAGUGAGGUGAUCCAGAAGAACCAGAACCUGAGCAGUAAGACAGCUGAUCCUCCAUCUGCCGCCAUCUUAGCCAUCUAUCUCGACCAAGCACAUGAACUUCCUAUGAGAAAAGGAAAUAAGGACCCAAGCCCAAUCGUCCAAAUUUCCAUUCAGGAUACAACUAAAGAGAGCAAGACUUGUUAUGGGACCAACAGCCCUGUGUGGGAGGAUGCUUUUACCUUCUUCAUUCAGGAUCCUCGCAAACAAGACAUUGACUUUCAAGUCAAAGAUGAUGACCGCUCUCUGUCCCUGGGCAGUCUGACCGUUCCUCUGACCCGUAUUCUGGCGACCCCCGAACUCACCAUGGACCAGUGGUUCAGUCUUGAAAAUUCUGGUUCAGCCAGCCGCAUCUACAUCAAAAUUGUGUUAAGGGUUAUGUGGCUGAAUGAUGAUGCCACUCCUACAACUCCUUCUCCUCGCCCUUCAUCCUCUGGAUCUGGGAUGGGUCAGGGGGGAAUCACAUCGGAACUGAACCCCAUGGGGCCCGGCGGGCUGGCUAAACCUCCGUCGACACGACCGCAGCACACCACACCCGACCCAGAGUUUGCAACUGAGGGAGUGCUGCGCAUUCACCUGGUAGAGGCCCAAAACCUGAUAGCCAAGGACAACUUCAUGGGAGGCAUGGUGAAGGGGAAGAGUGACCCCUAUGUCAAGAUCCGUGCGGCAGGUAUCACCUUCCGCAGCCACACCAUCAAAGAGAACCUCAAUCCCAUCUGGAAUGAGCUCUUUGAGGUGAUUUUAACACAGCUUCCUGGUCAGGAGAUCCAGUUUGAGUUGUUUGACAAGGACAUCGAUCAGGAUGACUUCCUCGGGAGGUUCAAGCUUAACCUACGAGAUAUCAUCAGCGCACAGUUCAUCGAUACGUGGUACAUCUUGAAUGAUGUGAAGUCCGGCCGAGUUCACCUGAUGCUGGAGUGGCUGCCCAGGGUCUCCGACCUACCCAGACUGGAGCAGAUCCUGCAGUACCAGUCACAGCAGUCAUACCAGAACAAGGUUGUGCCAUCAGCAGCUGUGCUAUUUGUGUAUGUGGAGCGUGCCCAUGGCCUGCCGCUGAAGAGUGGAAAGGAACCAAAAGCCGGGGCUGAGAUUAUACUCAAAGGAGUUUCACAUAAAACCAAGAUCUGUGAGCGCUCCACGUCGCCUCGAUGGGACGCAGCCUUUCACUUUUUGGUUCGUGACCCCAGAGAUGAAACACUCACAGUGAAGCUCUCCCACAGCUGGGGCCUGAACCUCGGGUCCCUGACCCUUCCUCUCAGGGAGGUGCUGGUUGAGCCGGGCCUGGUGCUGGACCGCUGGCUCAGUCUGGAUGGAGCUCUACCAGAGAGCCAGAUCCUGCUGAAGGCCACACUGAAGAUUUUGGACACUCAGCUGGCGGUGUGUCGCACGGACCCGGGGGAUGCAGGUAAUGACGGCAGCAAGGUUGAAAUCAUCCCCAAAUGGGUUCCAUCCCAUCUGGACCUCAGACACAGAGGUGGAUUCACCAUGGCCAGUGAAAAUGCAAACUCUGCAGGCCAGGUGAAGCUUACCAUAGGCUACUCCACAGAGGAGAGCAGGCUUCUCAUCACUGUUCACUCCUGCAGAGCCCUGGCAGCCUGCUCCAAGGACGGGGCGGACCCUUAUGUUUCCUUCAUCCUGCUGCCUGACAAGAAGGCUACAACCAAGAGGAGAACCGCCACCAAGAAGAGAGACCUCAACCCCGAAUUCAACGAAAGGUUUGACUUUGAGUUCUCUCUUGAGGAAUCCAUACAGAGACGGCUGGACCUCUCCGUGAAGAACAGUGUCUCAUUCAUGAGCAGGGAGAGGGAGCUUAUCGGCAAGUUGCUGCUGGACUUGGACACAAUAGACCUUAAGACUGGUGUCACACAAUGGUAUGAUUUGGUAGCAGAGACCAACUAGAAGAAGAAUCUAUGCUUGAUCUUCAAAUACUAUAUUACGAUAAGUGUUGCUUCUGUGACCUGUGACGUGUGCGUGUUUGUAUAUUCAGCGUAAAUUAGAUUGCCAUCAUCACUGAAGAAGAAAAAAAAUGAUGACAUAAGUGCUUGAAAGAAACACCAGUCCACCAGUAUUUAUGACACUUUUACAUGUAGCUUAUCAUCCGUGAAGUGUUAACUGUGCUAAAUCGGACAGAUUCUUCAGUAGAACAUUUUGGCUGAUUAGAUAUUUGAUAAUGAUGCGACUAUGUUGCACAACCUACCAAGUUUAUAAAUGUUGAAAAGCAUGGACAAGUCCUCUUUGUCUUUUAUUUACAAAAGGGCUCAUGCUGUGGUUAAUAUCCUGAGGCAUGACAAUGUUUAAGGAUUUCCACCGUCCUACACAACUGAAAUUGAUUUCUUUUAAAUCUUUUUUUUUUUUUACAAUCUUCAAACAAAAAUGCUUUCCCAAAAACUGCUUUGUUAAUAUACGUUUAUAUCAUUGCCUUAAGUAUUACAAAACUGUGCACAGUUUGUCAGUGUUAAUGGAUUAUGUUCCAUGAAGUUUUUAUAUGUUUUGACCAGAGGCUUUUUUGAAAGUUACUUUUAUAGAUCGAAGUAUUACAAACCUAGACCCGCACAUUACCACUCUAAACCGAGGUCUGUACGCAGAGUCUUAAUCACUGUGCUUUUAUGAAGAGAAAACUUUGUAGAUACUGAAAACAUAUAGCUGGUGUUCCUUACACCUGAACGCUUCUUUGUGUUUGUGUGUGUUUGUAGCCAAAAAACGCAACAGGCUGAUGCUGUCUGCCGUGUUUAUAUUUUGCCCUUUUAGCUAAAGUUAUGAGAAUCAAGCAAAUAUUGUACCACAGCGGUGAGACAGCCUCCGCGCGCCGACACUGUCAGCUCGCCACAAAGGUUUGGACACAGAUCUGUGGCCAUGGGGAAGAAAAUAGUGUCAUAAAUUGAUGAAGAAAAACUGCUGUAACUGCUUUAACAUCAUUUGAACAUAUCGUCAUGUAGCUGCUGAAGUUCUUGAUUAAAGUUUGCACUCUCAUGAAUCAAA